AUGUCCAUCAAACAACCAUCUCUCGAACCUGGCUUCCGCCUAGGGGAAGCAACUCCUAACGACAUGCCAGAGGUCUGGCAAGUCUUUCUAGCAGCUUUUGAGAAAGACGAGCAGUGGAUUGGUAUCGUUCGGAAUGUAGUCAAUCCGGCUGACGUUUAUCCUUGGCUUUGUGCCCAUUUCGCUCCUCGGUGGAACUUUCCCGAUAUAAUCACUUAUAAGAUUACGGAAGAUGCGUCUGGAGCCAUUGUAGGCUGGGGAGCUUUACAGAUCCCAUGGAAAUAUCUGCAUCCGUCGGUAAUGACAAACCGGCUAAAGGCUCAAGCCAUGACAACAGAAUUGCCGCCGCCUUUACCGGGCAUGGAUGUGGAAUCGCUCGCAGAUCUGUACAGGGUGAUGGAUGAGUCAAAAAAAUAUGGCUACGAUCCAGAAAAUGAUUACCACCGCAGAGGGACUAUGAUCCGUCCUGACAUGCAAAAGAAACGAUUUGGCACUUUCCUCACUCAAUACUGUAAUCAAAUUGUCGAUCAUACGGCUGAUAGGUUGUGGGCACCGGUUCGUCCAUCAUCGCUGAAGAUGUUCCGGCAAAAUGAGUUCGUCGACGUUGGCCUCGUGGAUAGCCAUCAUGAACGAUGGGGUGGCACACGCGAAAAAUCUAUGAGUUAUAUACUUCUUCAUUCCCCACCAGGUAGUUCGAUGGGAAAGGAUCCUAUGAGAUGA